AUGGAAUUAGAUCCUAUAUCAUUGCUAAUACAGACAAAAUCUACUCUUGAAAAUCAAACGAGCAAUGUUGAAACCUAUGGCUACAUAUUGUCGCAAUUAGGUGCGUUGGUUGCACAGUCAUCAGCAUCGGAACAAGCGAGGUUAUCACUUGUUAGUAACCCAAAAGUAUCUGCUAUACUUUCAGAAAUCGUAGAGCCUUGUAAAUUCGAGAACUUUGAUGAAUAUAAGUUGAGAAUUUUCAGAGGAUGUAUAUUGUUAAUUAGAAAUUUGGGAUCAACAGGGAUCUUAGCCAAAUCAAGAUAUAUUCAUAAUUUACUCUCCAGUUUCAGCCAAUUGAUUGUUUCGGUGGAAGCAAGUCCAAUAAGAGCCCAGCUAAUUGUGUCAUAUGUAGAGGCUUUGGCCAAUAUUGGAGUUAAUGCUGACAAAAUAAGUGUAGACCUAAAAUUGGUGACGAAUAUGUUAGAAUCAGUAAGCUACGAGGCUGAUGAAGAGCCCAUCAAGUUACCAGUUGCAAUCUUCUUGAACAACUUUUUCAAUUCCGAGAAUUUGUUUAAAUUGCUAAACGAAAAGAGUUCUUCAUAUAUUAUUAUGAAGUGGCUAGUCAGGAAAUUCGAAGAAAUGGAUACCGACAACGAGUUGGACCCAUCAGAGAACAUUCUAUUGGAAUUUGCUCAAAAUGUGAUUUCCCAUGAAAGCUAUAAUAAAUGGUUGCACAGAGCUUAUGAACAGUCAGAGACCACAUUCACAUUCUCCCAAAUCAUGAAGUUCAAUCAAAUAAUAGUAACAUCUAAAGAAGAAUGGGAUUCAUUCCAGAGCGCUGCAAUACUUGCGUGGGCAUUUGAUUUCUUCAAGGUAUUUGCAACUUUAACUGAGGAGAUACUUCCCAAACCUAUCCAGGAGAUAGACCGAGAUCAACUUGAGAUUAUUCAUUCCAAUUUGAUAUCCAUUUUGGACUGUAUUUCAGAUAUGGGGAAAUUAAAUUCUACGAGACAAUUCUUAGAACAUUAUAAUGCCAUGGAAGAGCUCAUAAAGUUAUUGAGAGUUGUUCAUGAGAAUGUUGAGAGAAAGACUUUAAAGAAAGUCGAAGAGGUAUCCAAAGAUGAGUUGUCCAGGAAAGCUAAAAGAUUUCCUCAGAUAAAAUCAUUGAUUAUAGAAAUUAUAUCAUUCAUGUGUCACGAUUCUUUCAGCAUGCAAGAGAAAGUCAGGGAGUACCACGGACUCGAAUUAGUCUUAUCCAAUUGUAUGAUAGAUGACAACGACCCAUACAUCAAGGAAAGAGCAAUUAUAUGUAUAAAGAUCUUGUUGGAUAAGAACCUGAAGAACCAGCAAUUUGUGGCAGAUUUGGAAGCUGAACAGACAGUGAACGAUGAAGCAUUGAGAGAAGUAGGCUAUGAAGUGGAAAUUGACAAUGGCCAGGUAAAGUUGCGGAAGUCAGAGAAGCAAGGUAAUUAG